AUGUCCCUUGAAGCCAAACUUGCCCGCCUUAACGUGGCAGAAACUCUCUCGACCGAGGAACUCGCCCUCGCCGACCAAUGGACCACGCUGAGUGGCCGCAUCGAGCAGCAUCUCGACGAGCUCAACGACUCGCUCAGAUCGAAAACCUACAUUGUUGGAGUGAAGCCCUCCAAAGCAGACUCUGCCGUUUUCGACAAGGUGUUCCCGCUGGCCUCGAAAUGGACGUCUGUGGACGACGUGGCCAAGUACAGACACAUUCUGAGAUGGGUGGAUCUGGUCCAGAACAAGGUCGGGCUCGACAACAAGCUCAAGAUCGACUUGUCGAUGGAACUUCCACGGGAAAUUAAGGAGAAGAAGAAGAAGGACACCAAGGAAGCAAAGGACACCAAGGAGACCAAGCCAGCAGAACAGCCAAAGACCAAGGGCAAGGCCCCAUUGGACCCAGAAGCCCUGGCCGCUGCCAAGGCCGCUAAGGAGGCCAAGAAGGCAGCAAAGGCCAAGGCCAACGCACAAGCCAACGCUGCCAAGCCUGCUGCCGCUGGCCCAACCCCGGCAAUGGUGGACAUCCGUGUUGGAUUCAUCGAGAAGGCCAUCAAACACCCGGACGCGGACUCGUUGUACGUGUCGACGAUCCAGAUGGGCGACGAGGAAGGUCCUAGAACCAUCUGUUCCGGUUUGGUGAACUACUACACUUUGGAAGAGAUGCAACAAAGAUACGUGGUUGUGAUUGCCAACCUCAAGCCUGUCUCCAUGAGAGGAAUCAAGUCUGCCGGUAUGGUGUUCUGUGCUUCUGAGGGCGAGACGGUGGAGUUUGUGAUUCCUCCAGAAGGGUCCAAGCCGGGCGACAAGUUGUUUUUCGAAGGGUUUGACGGGGUGCCUGAGAAACAGCUCAAUCCAAAGAAGAAGAUCUUUGAGCAACUACAGCCAAACUUCUCCACCAGCGACAAUCUCGACGUUGUUUUCAAGCAGGAAGGGAAGCCCGACGCCAGACUCGUCAACAAGGCCGGUUUGCCAUGUAAAUCCAAGACGCUUGUUGGUGCUGCCGUGAAAUGA